CCCAACCACACGCGGCUAAUCGUACGCGCCUGACUACGCGUCAUGCGUCUGCGUCGCCUUGCGCGCUCGUCCUACGCGUCUCGAGAGGGGAGACGCGCAGCCCGCGCGCGCGUCACGCCGGACUUGAUUUUGAGCGUCAUUUUGAGCGCACGCGGCGGAAGUGGCAGCCCCGACGUCACGUGGUCGGCAUGUGAUCUUCCGGCGGCUUGGAAACAGGUGUUGUCGAAGUUUCGGAAUCGGACCGAGACGCUGGGAGUCGCUGCCGAAGUUUCGCCAGCGAUGGAAGGGAUCAACAAUGAAGCUCUGAUCGCCUGCGUUGAGGCUCGGCCUGCCCUUUGGCAAGCGAAGCAUAAACACCACAAAAAUAAGCACAUGACGAGGUGCUUGUGGACCGAGGUGGCGAGGAUCGUCAUGCCCGACGCUGCCGUAACAGAUGACGUUAUCACAGCGCUACAGAAGCGCUGGAAAUCCCUGAGGGAUAAAUUUCGCCGCCUUCUGAAGGGACUGCAGGAAGAAAAAAAGAGCGGCGCCGGUGCAGACGACGUGCAGGACGACGUCGUCUGGCCGUUUUUCGAGCAAAUGAUGUUCCUGCGCGACACAAUGGAAUAUAGACCGACAUCCGGCAACCUUCCAUCUGUGCCUCCAUCGAGUGAGGAGGAAAGCGCUGCGGACAUUUUAACAAAGAUGUGCCAGUUUUCUGAUCUGGCAUCGCUUGAGGUGCCGUCACCAUCCGGUGAAGCGUCGCAAGCGACACUGUCUACGGUGUCCCAUGAGUCACUGGAAUCCCAGGACAUUUUGGAAUCCCUGGAAUCACCGGUGCUUCAAGAUGUGCUGGUUCCGGAGGCUUCCGAGGCACACCACAGCAGGCAGCAGUCAGAAACAUCGCUGCCCUCAGCAGGCAGUCACAAGCAAGGGACGCUGGGCAGUGUUCCUUCUGAAGCAACAUCAUCAAGAGGGGGGAAAAGAAAAAAGAAAGAUGACGGUCAAUUAAUAUUAGAACAAUUGGGCAACGUUACAUGUGCAAUGAAAACAUGCAAACCGCAGGACGACCUCGAAAUGUUUUGUUUCUCUCUGCUCAAAGACAUGAGAGAGGUCCCUGAGGACAGGCGUCUCACCAUGAAAAUUAAAUUAAUGCAAGUAGUGCAGGAAAUAAAAAAAUAGUGCUUUAAAAAUAUAGCAUAUACCAGUUUGUUAAUGUACAAUUUUGACUUAUGCUAUAUUUCGUGUUUUUUUUUGAAUUUCAUUCUUAUAAUUUAUUCCAUUUUAUGUUGUAAUUGUGCAUUUAUUGUUUGCAUUUGUCUAUGUGAAGUUUUGUCAUCCAUAAGUUAAAUAAAUUAUUGUUUUCCACCGAGUACUGCAGCAGUGUUUCAGCAUUCUAACAAAUAGUAACAAGAUGUAUGGCAAAGUAUGAAUGCUGCUUAUGGUAUUGUGGUGAAAGCAGUAAACGUAUAUAUAUAUAUAUAUAUAUAUAU